AUUAAUCUCUCUGCCAUCAUGGGACACGAAACAAUGACGCCGGCGAAAACAACCACAACAACAACAACGCUCGUGUUCACGUACGGAACUCUGAAACGAGGAUUCUCAAAUCAUGUCCUGAUGCAAGAUCUGAUCCGAUCUGGUGACGCUUCUUUCAAAGGAGUUUACCAAACUCUAGACAAAUAUCCUCUCGUCUGUGGACCUUAUCGAGUCCCUUUCCUCCUUAACAAACCUGGAUCAGGUCAUCACGUUACUGGCGAGCUUUACGCUGUUUCUCCUCGCGGUCUCUCUCGUCUCGACGAGCUCGAAGGGAUUAGUCGCGGUCAUUACAUCCGGCAACAGAUCCGUCUCGCGGCGGAGGAAGAAGGAGAAGGAGGAGAUCUGGAAACAGAGACGUCUUCGUCGUGCGUAGUGGAGGCUUAUUACGCGCAUAAAAGCUACGAGGAAGAGCUGUGGAAGAGGAAUAGAGGACGAUCGUUUGGCGCGUAUACGGAAAACGAAGCGCGUGGGUAUGUGAAACGCAAUGAUAGGCCUCAGCAUCUUAGCUUCUUGGAUCAUAUCCGUAUUUUCGUAUCUUCUCCAUGUGAUUGAUUUUUAUUUCUUCGUGGUCUCUCUCUCUCUCUCGUCGCUUUUCUAUGUUUGGUUUUUUCUCGGGACAAAAGAAAGAAAAAAACACAAACAACAACUAGUUUUACAACUUGUAAGGGUCCCACCAGUCCGUCCGUCGUAUCCGUACAAUCGGUUUGUUGUUAUCGAUUUGAUUAGAGAGGUUCUGUGAUUGUUGGAUGUCAAAUUUAUGAUUGAUUCCCAUCUUAAAUAAGUUUUUAGGUUGUUA